CAGCACAAAUGUAGCUUGACGUCAGUCGUCCUGACAUUAUCUACGUUUUAGUCUUGGCGGUCAUUUUCUGAAACACGACAAUGGCAAACGAAGAAAUUGUGAAGCGACAGUUUUGUAUCUGUAACUGCUUCACCACCGACAACAUUUUCCUGGAAGACUACAAGCUCCAUGUUCGCUUUAUAUCAGAGGAGCAGUUCAGGCAGGACUACGAAGCACUUCUGAACGGACUUGGCUGCGUCACCCAGCAACAGUUUGAUGAUAUCCUCAUCAAGAUUUCGCAGGAAGUGGAAAGGCGAUUGCGUCUAUCUGUGACAUCCGUUCAGAGAAUGUCAGCCAUCAAAAACGGAUACCAGCCUCUUCAUCCUCACGUCUACCAUCUUCAGGAAAACUUCCUCACACCAAAGUUCAAGCAUCUUGUCGAGUGUUGUCGAAGUGGCUCAGUCACACUCAACAGUCUUUCUGAAUUGUUGGAGGAAGAAGCAGCUUCGAGGGUGUAUCGCUUUCCUGUGUUCCACAAAAACUUCUGUGAGGACCUGAUAGAGGAGCUGGAGCACUUUGAGCGUUCCGCAGCGCCCAAAGGUCGACCUAACACCAUGAACAACUACGGGAUGCUCUUAAAUGAACUGGGCUUCGACGAGGGCUUCUUCACACCUCUGCGAGAGCAGUACCUGCAUCAUCUUACCUCCUUGCUCUACCCGGACUGCGGAGGAUGCAGUCUCGACAGCCACAAAGCCUUCGUUGUCAAAUACGACAUGAAUGAAGACCUGGACCUCAGCUACCACUACGAUAACGCAGAGAUCACACUCAACGUCUCCUUGGGCAGGGAUUUCACAGAGGGAAACCUUUACUUUGGUGACAUGAGACAGGUGCCUUUACGUGACAGCGAGUGUACAGAAGUUGAACACAAACAAAGCGAAGGGGUUCUCCAUCGAGGCCAGCACAUGCACGGAGCCCUGCCCAUCUCCUCUGGCCAGCGAUGGAACCUCAUCGUCUGGAUGAGAUCCUCACAGGUGCGCAACAAACUCUGUCCCAUGUGCAACAGGAGGCCGGCGCUGGUGGAAGGAGAAGGCUUCGCUGAUGGAUUCACCAGACACGCCGCUCCACUGCUCGCCAACUCGUGCGCACUUACCUGACGCGUGCCAUUGCAAGUGUGAUGUCAUCUGCUUACACAAACAUUCUUCCACCUUUCAACUCACUUGGAUUGAGUUGUGGACAGUGUCAAAGAAAAAUUGUUACUAUUGAGCACCGACACAGGAGUCUAUUUAUGUCAGCUUGUUAACCAAACUGAAGGUCAGAGCUGGCUGUCACAUUAUUUUACGUAUAAUGUGUGUCAAAUAAGCACUUUAGCUUUAUGGCUAAAUGUAUUUGUUCUUUCAGCUGAGAAUUUACUUCAUGCACUAUAUUGCCAGAAGUAUUUGGCCACCUGCCUUGACUCACAUAUGAACUUGAAGUGCCAUCCCAUUCCCAACCCAUAGGGUUCAAUAUGAUGUCGGUCCACCUUUUGCAGCUAUUAACAGCUUCAACUCUUCUGGGAAGGCUGUCCACAAGAUUGCGGAGUGUGUUUGUAGGAAUUGUCCACCAUUUUUCCAAAAGCGCGUUGCUGAGGUCUCUCACUGAUGUUGGUCGAGAAGGACUGGCUCUCAGUCUUCGUUCUAAUGUUCUGUCCGGUUCAGGUCAGGACUCUGUGCAGGCCAGUCAAGUUCAUCCACACCAGACUCUGUCAUCCACGUCGUUAUGGACCUUGCUUUGCGCACUAGUGCACAGUCAUGCUGGAAGAGGAAGGGGCCCGCUCCAAACUGUUCCCACAAGGUUGGGAGCAUGGAAUUGUCCAAAAUGUUUUGGUAUUCUGGAGCCUUCAAGGUUUCUUUUCACUGGAACUAAGGGGCCAAGCUCAACUCCUGAAAAACAACCCCACCAAAUUUAACACUCAGUACAAUGCAAUCCGAAAUGUAGCGUUUUCCUGGCAAUUUCCAAACCCAGACUGGAUGGAAAAGCGUGAUUCAUCACUCCAGAGAAAACGUCCCCACUGCUCUGGAGUCCAGUGCCAUCCAUCCAUUUUCUACCGCUUAUUCCCUUUCGGGGUCGCGGGGGGCGCUGGCGCCUAUCUCAGCUACAAUCGGGCGGAAGGCGGGGUACACCCUGGACAAGUCGCCACCUCAUCGCAGGGCCAAUGGAGUCCAGUGGUGACGUGCUUUACACCACAGCAUCCCUCGCUUUGCAUUGGACUUGGUGAUGUAUGGCUCAGAUUCAGCUGCCCGGCCAUGGAAACCCAUUCCAUGACGCUCUCUGCGUACUGUGCGUGGGCUAAUUGGAAGGUCACAUGAAGUUUGGAGCUCUGUAGCAACUGACUGUGCAGAAAGUCUUUGCACUAUGCGCUUCAGCAUCCGCUCACCCCUCUUUGUCAGCUUACCAUGGCUGAGUUGCUGUUGUUCCCAAACUCUUUCAUUUUCUUAUAAUAAAGCCGACAGUUGACUUUGGAGUAUUUAGUAGCGAAGACAUUUCACUCUGGAAAUCACAGCGCUCCUCAGAGCGGCCAGUUCUUUCACAAAUGUUUGUAGAAACAGUGUUCACGCCCAAGUGCUUGAUUUUAUACACCUGUGACCGGGCCAAGUGAUUAGGACACCUGAUUCUCAUCAUUUGGAUGGGUGGCCAAAUGCUUUUGGCAAUAUAGUGUAUCUUUUAAACCAGGCGUCCGCCACACCUAGAGGAUCCACUGAGGUAUUGUGCAAGGGUCACACAUUUUUACAUCCCCCAGCAAUUUUUCUAAUAAUUGAAAGUCGGCUUGCACGAUAUCACAAUUUCAAUAUUAACACUCAAUCAAUCAAUGUUUAUUUAUAUAGCACCAAAUCACAAAUGUCUCAAAGGACUGCACAAAUCAUUACAACUACAACAUCCUCGGAAGAACCCACAAAAGGGCAAGGAAAACUCACACCCAGUGGGCAGGGAGAAUUCACAUCCAGUGGGACAAUGCUGACUAUGAGAAACCUUGGAGAGGACCUCAGAUGUGGGCAACCCCCCCCCUCUAGGGGACCGAAAGCAAUAUUAACACUCAAACAAGGCACACGUGCACUCAUACUGUGUGUGUAAACACGACGCCAUCAUAAGACCUACUGUAACGCUCAAUUAAACAGAAAAUAUUCCUAAACUGUGUUACCACUUAAUCACAAAGAUUAUAUAUUUAAAAAAUAAACCUAAGACUUUGGUCAUGCUGAUUACUAACUAGUACUAAACAAAUAUGUACCGCAUAAGAAGGGACUCAUAAAUUAUUUGUUUUUUGCAUGCAAUGUGCUAAAAUAAAUACAUUCAUGAUUAUUGUUCUUAACUAAACUGUAAAUAAAAUUAAAGUGCAAAUGAAAAUAUAGUUUCACCACUUGAAUCAUAUUUUUUGCGCUAAAAAACAUCGGUAACACUUUAGUAUGGGGAACAUAUUCACCAAUAAUUAGUUGCUUAUUAAAGUAACAAAGACGUAAUUUAGAGUUAUUUGGACACUGGGGGAACAUAUAAGGGCUAGAGUUAGGGUUACUAAUAACAAUUCUGUGGUUAUUGAGGGAAGACUCUUCGUUAAUGGCUUACUGGUUGUAGAAUAAGAAUAAGGCAUUAAUAAGUUGUAGUGGAAAAUUUCUGUCCUAGGGUUACCAUCCAUCCAUUUCUACCGCUUAUUCCCUUUUGGGGUCGCGGGGUACGCUGGCGCCUAUCUCAGCUACAAUCGGGCGGAAGGCAGGGUACACCCUGAACAAGUCGCCACCUCAUCGCAGGGCCAACACGGAUAGACAGACAACAUUCACACACUAGGGCCAAUUUAGUGUUGCCAAUCAACCUAUCCCCAGGUGCAUGUCUUUGGAAGUGGGAGGAAGCCGGAGUACCCGGAGGGAACCCACGCAUUCACGGGGAGGACAUGCAAACUCCACACAGAAAGAUCCCGAGCCUGGAUUUGAACCCAGGACUGCAGGACCAUCGUAUUGUGAGGCAGACGCACUAACCCCUCUGCCACCGUGAAGCCCCUAGGGUUACCUCCAAACUAAAUGCAUUGGGAGGGACACAACAUGAGAGGUCAAGUCACCCUGACCAAGAGCACAUUGGGAGGGACACGACAUGAGAGGUCAAGUCACCCUGAACAUUGGACAGUUAUAUAAGUUGUUAUGCUACAAAUCAGGCCAUCAUGGAGUGUAUGAAUAAGAAGGGAAGACCAAGCCUGAGGUGCGCUCUUUCUAAUUCCUUUCACGAGGGUUCACCAUCUUUCGUCUCUGGAGACAUUGUCCGUGAAAACAUAUUGAUUCAAUCCAACUAUGUACUAUCUGAUUGUGAGUAAUUAAAACUGUUGUAACAAACUCUCUAUUGUUCCUGUUUAAGAUUCGGCGUUUCUACCACAUAAAAUUGGCGUCACGUACAGGAUGAGGCCCCGGGUUGAAUCCCCAACAUUUCUACCUCAAGUACUUAAUAAUGACUAAGUGAGAGCCAAUAUGUUACUAAAUUGCAUGUUGAUAAGCAACUAAUUGUGGUGAAUAUGUGUUCCCCGUACUAAAGUGUUACCCAAACCUCAAAGCUUUGAGUUCUAGACUCCUUCUGUAUGUUUGAGAUUGUCAUUACUGCUAAAAGUGGUGGAAAAGUGUAUACAAGUGCAGCCCACAGCUGAAAAACAGACUUUUUUGGAAUAAUAAAGUCUAAAAACAUUG